UGAUGCUGAUAAGUGACAGAAGGUAAAUUCUUAGUCAUGUCUAAGUUCACACAGAGAUACAGUAAUACACGUGGGUAUAAUACAAAGCAUUAUUUUGUGUAAUAUCUCUUUUGUUAUUAAAAGUUCUUUUGAUAUCUUCGGUAAGACUCCUAUUGAUUUGAAAAAUGUUAAUGUGAAAAAAAUGUGCUUUAAGAGUUGAGAAAGUAAAUUAUUCCUUUUUUUUUCUCAGCAGCUGUUUAAGGAAGACAGAGCAGGCAUUGGAUAAUAUUCUUAUUAAGUUUUCAGUUUAAAUUCUCAACUGGCAAUUGGCCGAAAACUUCCAUCUGAAGACAUGAUCAUCCAAAUGUCAUUUUGUGAUUUGGCUACUGUCUGCUUGACAUAGGAAAGCACUAUCAAGAAAGACUAAUGGAGUGACUAUCAAAAGGAAGUCAAUGGACAACCUUAAAGUUCCACCACAAGAGGAAUAUAAAGAGGUCCCUCCUGCACCAAGAAAGAUCUGCAGAUCUUUUUCAGUGUUCUUGGAGGUGUGGGGUGUGAGAACUUGAUCAGUUUGUGUCAGCCACCUUGUUCUCUAAAGGGAAAGUCCCUCAAACCAUUUUGUAUUCUGUAUUACACUUCAGAAAGUGUGGAAGCAAAGGUCAUCUAAUCUUUAAAAGAGAUGGAAUCUCACUCUGUCACCCAGGCUGGAGUGCAGUGGCGUGAUCUCGGCUCACUGCAACCUCCACCUCCCGGGUUCAAGCAAUUCUCCUGCCUCAGCCUCCCGAGAAGCUUCAUCUUAGUUACAAAUUAUAAUACUGUGGUAGAAACAAAUUCAGAUUCAGAUGAUGAAGACAAACUCCAUAUUGUGGAAGAAGAAAGUGUCACAGAUGCAGCUGAUUGUGAAGGUGUACCAGAGGAUGACCUGCCAACAGACCAGACAGUGUUACCAGGGAGGAGCAGUGAAAGAGAAGGGAAUGCUAAGAACUGCUGGGAGGAUGACACAGGAAAGGAAGGGCAAGAAAUCCUGGGGCCUGAAGCUCAGGCAGAUGAAGCAGGAUGUACAGUAAAAGAUGAUGAAUGCGAGUCAGAUGCAGAAAAUGAGCAAAACCACGAUCCUAAUGUUGAAGAGUUUCUACAACAACAAGACACUGCUGUCAUUUUUCCGGAGGCACCUGAAGAGGACCAGAGGCAGGGCACACCAGAAGCCAGUGGUCAUGAUGAAAAUGGAACACCAGAUGCAUUUUCACAAUUACUCACCUGUCCAUAUUGUGAUAGAGGCUAUAAACGCUUUACCUCUCUGAAAGAACACAUUAAAUAUCGUCAUGAAAAGAAUGAAGAUAACUUUAGUUGCUCCCUGUGCAGUUACACCUUUGCAUACAGAACCCAACUUGAACGUCACAUGACAUCACAUAAAUCAGGAAGAGAUCAAAGACAUGUGACGCAGUCUGGGUGUAAUCGUAAAUUCAAGUGCACUGAGUGUGGAAAAGCUUUCAAAUACAAACAUCACCUAAAAGAGCACUUAAGAAUUCACAGUGGAGAGAAGCCAUAUGAAUGCCCAAACUGCAAGAAACGCUUUUCCCAUUCUGGCUCCUAUAGUUCACACAUAAGCAGUAAGAAAUGUAUCAGCUUGAUACCUGUGAAUGGGCGACCAAGAACAGGACUCAAGACAUCUCAGUGUUCUUCACCGUCUCUUUCAGCAUCACCAGGCAGUCCCACACGACCACAGAUACGGCAAAAGAUAGAGAAUAAACCCCUUCAAGAACAACUUUCUGUUAACCAAAUUAAAACUGAACCUGUGGAUUAUGAAUUCAAACCCAUAGUGGUUGCUUCAGGAAUCAACUGUUCAACCCCUUUACAAAAUGGGGUUUUCACUGGUGGUGGCCCAUUACAGGCAACCAGUUCUCCUCAGGGCGUGGUGCAAGCUGUUGUUCUGCCAACAGUUGGUUUGGUGUCUCCCAUAAGUAUCAAUUUAAGUGAUAUUCAGAAUGUACUUAAAGUGGCGGUAGAUGGUAAUGUAAUAAGGCAAGUGUUGGAGAAUAAUCAAGCCAAUCUUGCAUCCAAAGAACAAGAAACAAUCAAUGCUUCACCCAUACAACAAGGUGGCCAUUCUGUUAUUUCAGCCAUCAGUCUUCCUUUGGUUGAUCAAGAUGGAACAACCAAAAUUAUCAUCAACUACAGUCUUGAGCAGCCUAGCCAACUUCAAGUUGUUCCUCAAAAUUUAAAAAAAGAAAAUCCAGUCGCUACAAACAGUUGUAAAAGUGAAAAGUUACCAGAAGAUCUUACUGUUAAGUCUGAGAAGGACAAAAGCUUUGAAGGGGGGGUGAAUGAUAGCACUUGUCUUCUGUGUGAUGAUUGUCCAGGAGAUAUUAAUGCACUUCCAGAAUUAAAGCACUAUGACCUAAAGCAACCUACUCAGCCUCCUCCACUCCCUGCAGCAGAAGCUGAGAAGCCUGAGUCCUCUGUUUCAUCAGCUACUGGAGAUGGCAAUUUGUCUCCCAGUCAGCCACCUUUAAAGAACCUCUUGUCUCUCCUAAAAGCAUAUUAUGCUUUGAAUGCACAACCAAGUGCAGAAGAGCUCUCAAAAAUUGCUGAUUCAGUAAACCUACCACUGGAUGUAGUAAAAAAGUGGUUUGAAAAGAUGCAAGCUGGACAGAUUUCAGUGCAGUCUUCUGAACCAUCUUCUCCUGAACCAGGCAAAGUAAAUAUCCCUGCCAAGAACAAUGAUCAGCCUCAAUCUGCAAAUGCAAAUGAACCCCAGGACAGCACAGUAAAUCUACAAAGUCCUUUGAAGAUGACUAACUCCCCAGUUUUACCAGUGGGAUCAACCACCAAUGGUUCCAGAAGUAGUACACCAUCCCCAUCACCUCUAAACCUUUCCUCAUCCAGAAAUACACAGGGUUACUUGUACACAGCUGAGGGUGCACAAGAAGAGCCACAAGUAGAACCUCUUGAUCUUUCACUACCAAAGCAACAGGGAGAAUUAUUAGAAAGGUCAACUAUCACUAGUGUUUACCAGAACAGUGUUUAUUCUGUCCAGGAAGAACCCUUGAACUUGUCUUGCGCAAAAAAGGAGCCACAAAAGGACAGUUGUGUUACAGACUCAGAACCAGUUGUAAAUGUAAUCCCACCAAGUGCCAACCCCAUAAAUAUCGCUAUACCUACAGUCACUGCCCAGUUACCCACAAUCGUGGCCAUUGCUGACCAGAACAGUGUUCCAUGCUUACGAGCACUAGCUGCCAAUAAGCAAACGAUUCUGAUUCCCCAGGUGGCAUACACAUACUCAACUACGGUCAGCCCUGCAGUCCAAGAACCACCCUUGAAAGUGAUCCAGCCAAAUGGAAAUCAGGAUGAAAGACAAGAUACUAGCUCAGAAGGAGUAUCAAAUGUAGAGGAUCAGAAUGACUCUGAUUCUACACCGCCCAAAAAGAAAAUGCGGAAGACAGAAAAUGGAAUGUAUGCUUGUGAUUUGUGUGAUAAGAUAUUCCAAAAGAGCAGUUCAUUAUUGAGACAUAAAUAUGAACACACAGGUAAAAGACCUCAUGAGUGUGGAAUCUGUAAAAAGGCAUUUAAACACAAACAUCAUUUGAUUGAACACAUGCGAUUACAUUCUGGAGAAAAGCCCUAUCAAUGUGACAAAUGUGGAAAGCGCUUCUCACACUCUGGGUCUUAUUCUCAACACAUGAAUCAUCGCUACUCCUACUGUAAGAGAGAAGCGGAAGAACGUGACAGCACAGAGCAGGAAGAGGCAGGGCCUGAAAUCCUCUCGAAUGAGCACGUGGGUGCUAGGGCAUCUCCCUCACAGGGCGACUCGGACGAGAGAGAGAGUUUGACAAGGGAAGAGGAUGAAGACAGUGAAAAAGAGGAAGAGGAGGAGGAUAAAGAGAUGGAAGAAUUGCAGGAAGAAAAAGAAUGUGAAAAACCACAAGGGGAUGAGGAAGAGGAGGAGGAGGAAGAAGAAGUGGAAGAAGAAGAGGUAGAAGAGGCAGAGAAUGAGGGAGAAGAAGCAAAAACUGAAGGUCUGAUGAAGGAUGACAGGGCUGAAAGUCAAGCAAGCAGCUUAGAACAAAAAGUAAGCGAGAGUAGUGAGCAAGUGUCUGAAGAAAAGACAAACGAAGCCUAAUCGUUUUUCUAGAAGGAAAAUAAAUUCUAAUUGAUAAUGAAUUUUGUUCAAUAUUAUCCUUGCUUUUCAUGGAAACACAGUAACCUUUAUGCUGUGAUUCCUGUUCACUACUGUGUAAAGUAAAAACUAAAAAAAUACAAAAUUAAAAAAAAAAAACCACACACACAAAAAAAAUAAAUCCGGGUGUGCCUGAACCUCAGACCUAGUAAUUUUUCAUGCAGUUUUCAAAGUUAGGAACAAGUUUGUAACAUGCAGCAGAUUAGAAAACCUUAAUGACUCAGAGAGCAACGAUACAAGAGGUUAAAGGAAGCUGAUUAAUUAGAUAUGCAUCUGGCAUUGUUUUAUCUUAUCAGUAUUAUCACUUUUAUGUUGGUUUAUUCUUAAGCUGUACAAUUGGGAGAAAUUUUAUAAUUUUUUAUUGGUAAACAUAUGCUAAAUCCGCUUCAGUAUUUUAUUAUGUUUUUUAAAAUGUGAGAACUUCUGCACUACAAAAUUCCCUUCACAGAGAAGUAUAAUGUAGUUCCAACCCGUGCUAACUACCUUUUAUAAAUUCAGUCUAGAAGGUAGUAAUUUCUAAUAUUUAGAUGUCUUAGUAGAGCGUAUUAUCAUUUAAAGUGUAUUGUUAGCCUUAAGAAAGCAGCUGAUAGAAGAACUGAAGUUUCUUACUCGUGGUUUAAAAUGGAGUUCAAAAGAUUGCCAUUGAGUUCUGAUAGCAGGGACUAACGUUAAUCUGAUAAGGACAGCAAAAUCAUCAGAAUCAGUGUUUGUGAUUGUGUUUGAAUAUGUGGUAACAUAUGAAGGAUAUGACAUGAAGCUUUGUAUCUCCUUUGGCCUUAAGCAAGACCUGUGUGCUGUAAGUGCCAUUUCUCAGUAUUUUCAAGGCUCUAACCCGCCUUCAUCC